UCAUUCAAUGUCAGAGAGCUGUCAGAAAGUGAGUUCAUUCCCUACAGCAGCCGAGCACACCGAGCGCGGUUGAUAGAUUUCAGCCUCUCUAGUGGUAUUCAGAACGCCGACUCAGUCAGCGAAGACGACGGGCAGACCUUUCCACCGAGCCCGGCCAUGGACGAACAGGCAGGGCCCGGUGUGUUCUUCAACAAUAAUAACAACUCCGUUUUACCGGGUUGUGGAAAGGGACCUCUGCCUGAUGGCGACGCUGGGGAGGCGGCCAGGGCGCAGUACAGUAUCCCGGGGAUCUUGCACUUCCUGCAGCACGAAUGGGCCCGUUUCGAAGUAGAGAGAGCACAGUGGGAGGUGGAGCGGGCCGAGUUACAGGCCCAGAUUGCCUUCCUUCAGGGGGAGAGGAAAGGCCAGGAGAACCUAAAGAAAGAUCUUGUGAGGAGGAUCAAAAUGCUCGAGUAUGCGCUGAAGCAAGAGAGAGCAAAGUAUCACAAGUUAAAAUAUGGGACAGAGUUAAAUCAAGGUGACAUGAAGCCUCCCAGCUAUGAUUCCGAUGAGGCAAACGAGAAUGAAACUUCUGGGUCAUUCAACAAUCAGCUGUCCUGGAAACAAGGCCGCCAGCUCCUCAGACAGUACUUACAGGAAGUGGGCUACACAGACACCAUAUUGGACGUGAAGUCUCAGCGGGUCAGAGCGCUGCUAGGUCUAGCUGGAGAUGGAGGUGGAAGGACAGGUGAAAGAACCAACACUGAGCCUCUGGUCAAUGGGUCAGACACCAAGAACAUGGGCACCAAAGGGAAGGCUGAGCUGUCUGACACCAGUGCUGUGUUGGAGGCCUUCAAGUUUAUUGAGAAUGCAGCAGCUGAAUUCAGUGAUGAAGACGAGGAGGAUGACAGUGAGGGGAAGGACAGGACUCAUGUUGAAUCUAGAACGAUUCUAAGAAAGAAACCCGCAUCAUCUACAUCACCAGCCAGUAUGGACACCACUGAAGACCCUGAUACGGAGGAAGCAUUGAAGGGCUUUGACUUCCUGUCCAGCACUGACGAGAUGGACACCUCACCAGAGUCCAGAGGCACGGGGGAUGGUACAGACUGGGAGAAGGACGAGCAAGGUCCCAUUUCUGAGGCCUGGGACGUGGACCCGGGCCUGAUUACCAAACUCAAGGAGCAGUACAGAAAGGAGCGCAAGGGGAAAAAGGGGGUGAAGAGGCCAAACCGGUCCAAACUGCAGGACAUGCUCGCCAACCUGCGAGAUGCAGAAGACUUGUCUCACAUGCAGCCUCCGUCCACCCCACAAAGCCGGCCCAACACCACCCGCUUCAAUGAGCACGAGGGGAACCGAGCAGACGAAGUUGAGGCAAUGACCUUCCCACCAACCUCUGGGAAGUCAUUUAUCAUGGGCACAGAUGAGGCCAUGGAGAGUGAGCUGGGCCUGGGAGAACUGGCUGGACUUACUGUGGCCAACGAGGCAGAUAGUCUGGCAUAUGAUAUUGGUAACAACAAGGAUGCCAUGAGAAAAACGUGGAACCCCAAAUUCACUCUGCGGAGCCAUUUUGAUGGUAUUCGUGCUCUGGCUUUCCAUCCUGUGGAGCCAGUUCUUGUCACUGCAUCAGAGGAUCACACACUAAAAAUGUGGAACCUGCAAAAGACGGCUCCUGCUAAAAAGAGCACGUCUUUAGAUGUGGAACCAAUCUACACUUUCAGGGCACACAGGGGGGCAGUACUGAGCGUGGUUAUGAGCAACACAGGGGAGCAGUGUUUCAGCGGAGGAGUCGACGGAACAAUUCAGUGUUGGAACACCCCCAAUCCUAACAUCGACCCAUACGACUCCUACGACCCCGUUGUGCUGCGUGGGGCUUUGUGUGGACACACUGACUCAGUCUGGGGUUUGGUGUACAGCAGUGUACACCAGCGACUCCUUUCCUGCUCAGCAGACGGGACUGUGAGGCUGUGGGACGCCAACACCACCUCCCCCUCCCUUGCAGUGUUCAACGAAAACAAAAAACUGGGAGUUCCCUCCUCUGUGGACCUGGUCUGCAGUGAACCCGCCCACCUUGUCACAUCUUUUACAAAUGGCCAAAUUGGUCUCUUCAACAUGGAGACAAGCCAGCUUGUCCUCAGUCUGGAAUCAAAUUUGGAGCCAGGCACUCCCUGUCAGAUCAACAAGGUCCUCAGCCACCCGACUCUUCCCAUCAGCAUUACAGCACAGGAGGACAGACACAUCAAGUUCUUUGACAACAACAGUGGGAAGCUGAUUCACUCCAUGGUGGCUCACCUGGAUGCGGUCACCAGUUUAGCUGUGGAUCCUAACGGCCUUUAUCUCAUGUCUGGCAGUCACGACUGCUCCAUCCGUCUGUGGAAUCUGGAAAGUAAAACCUGCAUUCAGGAGUUCACAGCUCACAGAAAGAAAUUUGAAGAGUCAAUCCACGAUGUGGCUUUCCAUCCGUCUAAGUGCUACAUCGCCAGUGCUGGCGCAGACGCCCUCGCCAAGGUGUUUGUAUGACACGGAGCUGUGUCCUCUAUCCCUGCAGUCCCGCUCUCUGACUCCACCUCCCAUGUUUGGGACCAAUAGAGACACAGCAGAGGCGGGACUUCAGUCCCACCUCACACAGCCCACUGGUUUCCCAUCAGACUGGCAGAACAUGCAACCACCAGUCUGAAAUGGGCCAUGACUAUGGUAGAAGGGGGCGGCAGGGAGGCCAGUCAGGAGGAGAACUGCUCUCUAGUCCUCAAUCCACCAUCCAGGCAGGCCUGGGUGUGAACGAAUAUAGCGCCCCCACCCCCUCAGACAGUUAAAGUAUAACCUCCGUAGAUUAGGAGGCUCAGGACAAGUGUUAAAAUAGUGCAGAGUGCAGAAAUGAGGUUUGGAGCCAGUCUUUCGCCCCUGUAACUUCACACUCAUCCCUACUUUUAUCGGAGCCUCACCCUCUCAGACAAGCCAAGCUGAGGGCCUUUCCUUCAAGUCAGGUUUUGUGUUCCAUUGAUACAGAAUUGUGGGGUCGCCAAAGGUUCCUGGAGCUGCAGCGGAAGCCUCUCACCUCUUCCCUCUGGACUCUUCUUGCUGGUCUGCCUUUAUUUUCCUUUUUAAAACACGUAUUGACAAAUGUGCCUUUGCUUUGAAAAGGUCUUGAAUUUUUAUUUUAACAAGCUUGUUUUGGGGGUGAACAGGCGAGGGAGGGAGGGAGGGAAACAGCACAGCAAUGAAGCUGAUUGUCACAUUGUUAUGGAUUUUAACAUUGGAUGUAAAAUUACAAAUACUUAUAAUAAACAAAAUAUAUAUUCAGUCUUAAAAUUUACUGUGCAGUGUGGUUUUGAGUGCUCCUUUUUUGGUAAGUGUGGCUGGGGAUUCAAGUUUGUGCAUUUCAAGACAGAGCUGGUAGAUACAGACUAUUAACUAUAAUGCCUGUUUGUUAGAUUCAAGUAAUUGUACACUUCGCAAGUAAAACUACAAGCAUAUGUGUCCAAAGUUAACCAUCUUGGUUACAUGAUUACAAUGCAGACAUGGUUCUAGUUGUCCAUUUUAGGAAUUACCAAUUAAUUUUGGCCAGUUUGCUCUUGUUUGAAAUGAAUGGCUUGUACUGUAUGUAGUUUUCCCCAAAUGUAUGGACAUGCUUGACUACAGUGUGAUGUAACCUGUUCAGAUAUAUACAGUAGUCCGAUGUUUAGCAGGAACUUAGCAGUGCAGUACUGUGGGACUAUUCGACACAAAACGUUCAGCACUCGGCGCUGAGGGAAGAGAAACGUCCUGCAGAUUCCAGUUUAUGCGUAACUGUGUGCGGAGACGGACUGUCCUGGGUUUAAAGAAAAGUGGAGAUGUUGUACAUGUAGAAUACAGCUUCAAAUGAGCCAUUUUCUCAGUCACUGGUUUGUAUAUGAAAGUAUGUUCAAAAUAAAACCUGCUGUAAAACAUUA